UGGAUGCAAUUUUCUAUGAAAGUUCAACGAACAGAUUAAUUUGCAAAAAAUGAUACAAACUUGUAGAAAAUAGUAAAAAUUGAACGGCGGAAAAUCGCAGCGCAAUGUCGCGACCUUCCACUAUAUCUGUGGAGCCCAGUUCACCAGUGCAGAAGGUAUGGAAACCAGAGUUGUAUAAAAUACAGCUGGAAGCGCCCACGCCCAAGCCUUUACACCGCACACGGCCCUUAACACUAAAUGUCAUCAAUAAUGAAGGCCAUUGUUAUGGUCCAGAGUACCACGGCGCAAUGGGACAUCUAGAAGCUGAACAACUUUUGUCCAAUAAAACAGAUGGCACUUACUUGUUGCGUCGUAGUCCCAAAGCAGAUGAUUAUUUUACUUUAAGCGUGCGUUUUAAUUAUCGUACCAAACAUUUUAAGAUUUAUUACAAACCUGGCAAAGGACACUACUUGCAAGAACAAUCUAAGCACUAUGAUACCAUACACGAUUUGGUUGCUGACGGCCUGGUUAAUUUUUACAUGCAAUUACAUGCUGCUCCCAUCAUACUACAAAUUAAUCAGCAAACGCGCAAUUGCUACCAACAGAGCCCAUACAUGACACUUAACCGACGUAAAUUGAGGGCAUUAUCCCAUGAGCUUGGCAAGUCAAUGGUGUCAGCGAAAGACAAUUGUGGUGUUAUAGAAAUUACUAACACGGAUGUCAAUGGUGAUUGCGAUAGUGUGAAAGCGCCGAUAAAUAAAGAAGUUACCAACAAAAUGAAGGACGCCAGUGAUACCGCCGACUUGAUACUACCACUUGUCUAUGAAAAGGCACAUAACUUUAAGGUGCAUAACUUUAAGGGUCUCAAUUGGUGUGAGUUUUGUGCGAAUUUUCUUUGGGGUUUCACUGCACAGGGAAUGAAGUGUGAAGCAUGCGGUUUCAUGGCGCAUUUCAAAUGUGCAGAGUUAGUGCCGGCCAAAUGUGUGCCGGAUAUGAAGCUCAUACGUGGUGUAUUUGGCACUGAUUUGACUACGGUGGUGCAGCUGUAUCAGAGCAGUGUACCAUUCGUUGUGAGACGUUGUGUGGAAGAGGUUGAGGCACGUGGUAUGUUGCAAGAGGGUAUAUAUCGUGUGUCGGGCUUUGCAGAUGAAAUAGACGCACUCAAAUUAGCGCUGGAUCGUGAUGGCGAAAAGACGGACAUGUCGGAGGGCGCUUAUGGCAAUGUAAAUGUGAUAGCUGGCACGUUGAAACUCUAUCUGCGUCUACUGCCUGUGCCGCUCAUCACUUUUCAGGCUUACCCGAGUUUUAUGCAAGCAGCAAGAAGCCCUAACGCUGCAGAGCAGAUAAGUAAUAUGACUGAGGCGGCUAAACGUUUACCGCCAGCGCAUUACAAUUGCCUCAAAUUUAUGGCGGAGCAUUUAAAAAGAGUGGCUUCCCAUUACGCGGCUAACAAAAUGAACGAGCAUAAUUUAGCCACUGUAUUUGCACCAACACUGAUAGCUACUCCACAGCAUUUGACCAAUUUAACGGAAGAGAUUUUUAUGUUAUCAACAUUAAUUGCAAAUUGCGCGGAUAUUUUCAUUUAGUCACAUAUUAUACACACUUUUAUGUCGAUUUAAUUGCAGAGGGCAUUAAAUUGAGGAAGCUGUGCAACUUUUAUCACACAGGUCUUAGGCAAUAUUUACGAAUUAUUAUUAAGUAACAUAGCUUGAGUAAAUGCCGUAGGCCACGAAUUUAAAUACAUUAAAAUUAGUUGAGGAAUAUUUAAAACAAA